UUCACCUGUCAUCAAUCCAGUUAAAAUAAUUAGCACCAUGCGACUACUAGUGGCCGCCAUUUUGUUCGUGUCGGCCAUCUUGUGGAGCGACGGCCUCGAGCUGAGCCCGCGCCCGCGUCGCCCGGAGCGCUUCGACACGGCUGAACAGAUCUCCAACUAUCUGAAGGAGCUGCAGGAGUAUUAUUCUGUGCAUGGUCGGGGCCGUUACGGCAAAAGACAGAUGCACAUAUCGGACGCGUCGGUAAUAUUCAAGGAGUUCCCAUUUUUCGACCACAGCCUCCAGAACCUGAACGAAGAUACGGUAUUUAAGGCGCUCGCGUACCAGUAAAAUGAUGAAUGCAUUGGAAAUUGGCAAUAUUGUCGGAAAUAUUGCCGAAGCGUUGACAAUAUAGUCGGAAAUAUUGCUGAGGUCUUCCUAGAAUUGUAUGUUAAAAACGUUUCCUUGUAUACAUUACCGUAUUUUUUUCAUGAACAUAAACAAGUGAGUUUUAGGCAAAGAUUCUUGCGAAGCAUAAAUAUGAUGACUAUUUUUGUUGGUAGUAUUCCCGAUGUGUUUUUUGGAAAGGAAUAUAUCUUCGGGUGACAAGCAAAAGUCACUAAGUACCGUACCAUCAAAAAAUUAAAGUAACAAUGCACUUUAUUACACUUGUAACACGGUUUAUUGUCCAAUAAUUUCAAUUGUGUUAGUUAGUGACUUUUGCUUGUCACCCGACGAUAUAGUUUGUAAUACUACUUUAAAAAAAUAGUCUU